AUGACGAACGCAGGUCCACCCAAGCCUGGUCAGUAUCUUGAGCAGUUUACGGUUGACUUGACGAAUCAGGCCGCCGACAAUAAGCUCGAUCCUAUAAUUGGUCGUCACGAAGAAAUUCGUCGAUGUCUACAGAUUCUCGCUAGGCGAACCAAAAACAAUCCCGUGCUAAUAGGUGAGGCCGGUGUGGGUAAGACUGCCAUUGCAGAAGGACUAGCACAACGGAUUCAUUCAGGUGAAGUACCGGAAUCAAUGAAGGACAAGAGAGUAUUAUCGUUAGACAUCGCGGCUUUAACAGCUGGUGCCAUGAUGCGGGGACAGUUCGAAGAGCGACUGAAGGGCGUUGUAAAAGAUGUUGAGCAGGCGGAAGGCAAAGUCAUUCUGUUCAUCGACGAAAUACAUACGAUAGUGGGUGCGGGCAAGGCUGAAGGUGGCAUGGAUAUGAGUAACAUGCUAAAGCCAGCCCUAGCUCGAGGGGACUUGCAACUGGUCGGAGCAACGACAUUAAACGAAUUUCGAAUCUUGGAGAAAGACGCAGCGUUGGCGCGCCGUUUCCAGUCCGUAUAUGUUGCAGAGCCGUCGGUCGAAGACAGCUUGAGCAUUCUAAGGGGUCUCAAAACAGCGUACGAAUUGCAUCACGGUAUUCGUAUCAAGGACGAAGCCCUUGUGGCUGCUGCUACCUUAUCAGAUCGAUAUAUCGCGGACAGGAAACAACCCGACAAGUCGAUCGAUUUGGUAGACGAAGCUUGUUCCCGUUUACGACUCGAGCAAGAGAGCAAGCCAGAGAUAAUAUGGAAGGUAGAGCGGGAUUUAUUGACGAGACAAAUUGAACGCAGUGCCUUGGAAAAUGAGGACGACUCCGAUGAUAAGGUGGCAACACGCCGCAAACAAGUAGAACGAGAAGUAAGCGAGCUCAAAACAGAGGUUGGACGCUUGACUGAAUUGUGGAUGGCCGAAAAGAACGAGCUGAACCGAGUGCAGACGGUCAAGGGAGAUUUAGAGAAAGCACGGGCUGACAUGGAAGCCGCCAGACGCCAAGGAGACUAUGCCAAGGCCGGAGAACUAAUGCACGCCACUAUUCCCAACUUAGAACACGAGUUCGAGGCUCUCGAAUCGACAGUUGACGAGCACAAAAAAACGAAGAUGCUCGCUGAUUCUGUCACGGCUGAAGCCAUCGCUACGAUCAUUGCUCGGCACACAGGUAUUCCUGUGUCUCGAAUCGCUGGUAAUGAGUCCCAGAAACUGUUGCAUAUAGAAGACAAACUUCGGGAGCGAGUGGUUGGGCAGGACCACGCUUUAGAGGCUGUCGGUGAUUGCGUUCGUUUGGCUCGUACGAGAUUGCAAGCCCAAGAUCGGACUCUUGGAAAUUUCUUGUUUUUGGGUCCCACAGGUGUCGGAAAGACGGAGACUGCUAAGGCUUUAGCCCAUUUUCUCUUUGAUGAUCAAGAUGCGAUGACUCGAAUCGAUAUGAGCGAGUAUGGCGAGAAGCACACAGUUUCGCGUCUCAUCGGCGCCCCGCCUGGGUAUGUGGGCUACGAGGAAGGGGGAGUUUUGACUGAAAGUGUUCGGCGCCGCCCCUAUCAAGUGCUCCUUCUCGACGAGUUUGAAAAAGGGCAUCGCGAAGUCUGGAACUUGCUUUUACAACUCUUUGAUGAAGGGCAUUUGACAGAUUCGCACGGUCGUAAGGUUGACUUCCGCAACGUCAUUGUCAUCAUGACCUCUAACUUGGGUGCGCAAAUUAUAGCUGAGCUUCCGGCUCAGCUGAAAGGCUCGGAACCCCAUGUGCAUGAUACGAUAAUGGAAGUUGUGCGACAGUCUUUGAGCCCAGAGCUGUUGAACCGGAUCGACGACACAAUCGUAUUCAAUCGCCUCCAGCGAGAAAAUAUGGACACAAUCGCCGAGAUGGGCAUUAAAGAGAUUGAGAAGCGAUUGGAGGACGGUCAAAAUAUGUCUUUGGACGUCAGUAGCACUGCAACUGCUGUGAUUGCAGAAAUGGGAUAUGAUGUUCGCUACGGGGCGCGACCUCUCAAGCGUACGUUGGCGAAAACACUUUUGAAUCCUUUGAGCCGACUUGUUCUCGAAGGAGCGGUUAUGGAAGGUGACACAGUGAAAGUGAGAACUCGUGGAGAAGCCGAGAAACUGCAGAAUGGUACUGGUGAUGCUAUCUUUGGAUGGAUUAGUAGCAAUAAGGCAUCUGAUAACAAGAAUGAUGUUGUCAUUCUUCGCAACCAUGAAAUGAAAGCGAAAGACGAGGAGGUUUGGGAUGACGAAGAAUUCUUGCUGGAGGACGGUACACAUGGGCAUCGGUAAAACGAUGUGACAACAAUUUAUAGAAUAAUAUUUGCUUAUUUUGGUAAUACUGCUC